AUGUUCGUAGCAAUCAAACAGGAAAGGCCUUUUGUAAAUGUUGAAGGGCGCAAAAGACGCUUGCCUGUAUUUCUCUACAAUGUGUUGUGUGUAGCAACAUUUGGGAUGCUGUACAUGAUCUGUAAGUAUGUGCGGAGUGCCAAGAAAGUCAUACUCAGCUCUCGAUGUAACAUUUCAGAUGCAGAUUGUGUGAUAGUCACACAUCACAAUGGGCAAGAAGAGUUUAUUGAUGUAAGAUUGUAUGAGACGAUGGGUGUGUGUGCUCUUCAAAGAUAUUCACAGGAAGGCAAAGCACGUGUAAUUGAGUCACAGUUUUACAGAUUAAUAUAUGAUGUGUCUGCAAAGAGAUUUAUUGUCCCACCAGAGCAAAAGACACUUGAAAAGAGCUUUGAGGAGUUUUACAGUGGAGAAGUUUCAAAGUCACCAGAGAAGGAAAUGGCGGAGUAUAUACUGAGGAAUGUGUUUUACGGGAAGAAUAUAACGAAUAUGCCUAUUCCUGGGAUUAUUGACAUUCUUUUGAAGAAUACAUUGAGUGUUACUUUUAUGUCCAAUGUUGCAUGUGUGCUUGUGUGGAGUGAGAUUGAUUAUGCAAGGUAUGCAAUGGCGAUGGGCAUUAUUGUUAUGUAUUCGUUUGUAUUUACGAACUGGGAGGACAUCCGUCAUUCAAUGAGCAUGCGACGACUUUUAAAGAAAAAGAGUGUCCGAGUACUUCGUACAGGACAAUUUGUGCAGGUAGACAGCCAGGAAGUGUAUCCUGGGGAUGUGAUAUAUAUUGAGCCAUGCGAUGAGUUUUUGUGUGAUGCAUUGGUGAUACGAGGAGAUGCAAUAACAAACGAAUGCCUUCUUACAGGGGAGACUGUACCGAUAUAUAAGAAUGCAGAUCAAGAGUCGAUAAUAUAUUCAGGGACUGGCGUUCUAAAGAGUAUUAACACCAUGCCUAUGUCUGCAUGCAUGGGAGGAGGGAAUUUAUGCAGGGUUAGGAAUCUGACGAAUAAGAACAAGCCUAGGACGGUUGGGAUUACGGGGUCGAUUGAUGCAUUUGAGAACUUUGCGAUUGGACUUGUUCUACGAACGGGGUUCCAUACAGCACGUGGACAGAUUUUGAAGAAUAUGUUAAAUGCAAGGCCUGUAGUUAAUAGAUUUGUUAAGGAGGCUGAGCUUGUAAUAUUCGGUAUUUUAUGCGUUGCUAUUGUAUUGACUGCAACCAUGGCCUUUGUGUUUGAUGCGAUGGGAUUUUCCAAUAGGAUGAAUGUUGCAUACAGCAUUGAUUUGUUUUUUACACUUGCCAAUCCAGCACUUCCGAUAUAUCUUAGGCUUGGGACACAGUUAUGCUACAAGAAGCUGUUGAGGAGGAAUAUACAUUGCAGCAGUCUUGAUAGGAUUAACUUGGCUGGAAGGGUUGAUACUGUGGUAUUUGACAAGACAGGAACGUUGACGUGUGAAGGACUUGAUAUACUGUGUAUUGAUGAUUUACAGAAGCCUACGAGCGAGAUUGAGAAGGUGGACAUUAAGGCCAGGAUUGGACUGAGCACGUGCCAUCUUGUUUAUGAGCUGGACGGGAAGUAUUCUGGUGACUCUCUGGAUCUAAAGAUGUUUAUUUUUUCGUCAUCUAGGCUUGUGCAGCAUGAAAACCUGCGAAGUGUAGUUGUUGGUGGGCACAGCAAGGUAUAUGGUCCGAUUCUUAAGGAGUACAAUGAUACUAAUGGCACAGUGUAUUAUCAGAAAGGCAGAAAAGGAACACACGUAAUGAGCGACGAGGAGAUUCAGGAUGCGUAUCCGACAAGUCUUGGACUUGAAAGAGUAUGGGAGCGUGAGACUUCUGAUGAGAUGAGUUUAAGGGAUGAAGGAUCGCAUGAACAGGAGAUUAAUGAGGAGAUUAAUGUGACAAUAGUAAAGAGUUAUGAAUUUGACUCUGUUAUACGAAGGAUGAGUGUGGUAGUGGAGUAUACAAAUAAGAAGAGUAUUUUUUCGAAAGGAUCUCCUGAGUCUAUACGCUCAGUUCUGAAAAGUGUGCCGAAUGGAUAUGAAGAGAAGGUUAGAGAGUACUCAUUGGGUGGGUAUAGAGUGAUUUCAUUGGCAUAUAAGGAUGUAUCUGAAAGUAUAGACAGAAGCACGGAUGAAUCUGAACUAAAUUUCCUUGCUCUUGUGGUGUUUUCUAAUAAGCUUAAAGCUGAUUCAAGGAGGACGAUUGACGAGCUGAAUGAGGCAAAGAUUAGAAAUUUAAUGUGUACUGGAGAUAAUAUUCUGACUGCGAUAUCUGUUGGUAGGGAAUGUGGAAUUAUUGAAGAGUUUAUGCCAGUCAUAUUUCCUGUGAUUGAGGAGAAUGCAGAUUCUAUUUUUGAUGUGGAAUGGCUGUGUGUUGGAGAUGAGGAAGAAUUUACUUUUGACAAGGUGAGGCUGAGCCUGUAUAGAGAGAAUGAUCGGGGAUCGAGUACGGACUUUGUAGUUGCUUGUGAAGGAAGGGAAUUUGAUUUUUUCAGAAACACUCAUUACUUCCAGUUUAUUCUAGAACGUGGGGCUGUGUUUGCAAGGUUCAACCCUGGACAGAAGAAAGCUCUUGUGGAGAAUCUACAAGCAAGAGGACGUGUGGUUAUGUUCUGUGGAGAUGGGGCGAAUGAUAGUGGAGCACUUAGUAGUGCGGAUGUGGGUCUUGCGCUUGCGCAUAAUGAGGCGAGUCUUGCAGCAAAUUUUAUGUCUUCUGAGAUAGGAUCUGUGAUUGAUCUUAUCCGGGAGGGACGGUCUGCAUUUGUGACGUCGGUUGCUACUUUUAAGUAUGUUAUUUCAUCAUGUGUGGUUGCAUAUAUGGCGUUGGUAUUUCUGAUUAUUAGAAGGAAGUUCCUGAGUGAUUUGCAGACGAUGCAUGGGGAUUUGUUUGUUUCUGUACCUAUUGCAUAUGUGCUUACGCGAUCGAAGGCCUCCAAGAAGAUAUUUCCGACACGGCCGAAUGUUUUUCUUACGACGAAGUCGAGCUCAAUACCUUUGUGCAUUACUGUUGCUGUCGAGGGUGUUAUAUUGUUGUUGCUGUCAAUAUAUGAGAAGCCCAGUGCAUUUCUGAGUGUUGAGACUGUAUCUGGAGAGCUUGUUUUUUUUGGAACAGUGUUUAUGUAUAUUCUGAAUGGAAUGUACCUGAACAACAAUAAGCCUCAUUGUCAAGACUCAGCAAGUAAUAUGAUUUUCAAGGUGUUUGCGAUUGGAAUGAUUUCUGUGAAUUUUCUUUUGCUUGUUGGUGUUUAUAAGUAUCCGGAUGUUGCUAUGGAGUGGCUUCCUGAGUAUAAGUUUGUAAAGAUCGGAAUGAGUGAGUUUGUGAUGGUUGUUUUAUCCAUAGCGGUUAUUGCGAUUGCGGUGUUUGUUGUACAGCCGUUGAUUUCAAAGAUGUUGAAAGGCAAAAGGCAGUGUGGAGAUGAUAGUGAGGGAAGUGAUUGA